AACGUUGUUUGGCUUUUUGUGCCAUGUGCGCGCUUGUGGCCGUCGCUUUCAAUUGAUGAUAAUUUCAAAAAUGAGUCAUUUACACAAGCUCCUGAGGUUUCUGAGGACAAAACCCUGCAUCUGCAGCGUUCGGCCGAUUACUAAAGCUAGCAAUGCCGUCUCACUGCCGAGCGAUCUCAGCGAUGCACUCGAUGCGGCCGAGAUCAAGCACAGGAAUCACCCUGGAGCGCGAAGACGGAAGCAAGUCAAGCUUCCAGAGAAACUACUGACGGCGGCCGAAGCUGUUCUCGAAAAAGCAAACUUGCGCGAAGCAGCCAUGGUUAUCAGGAACCAGCUCUGGUCUCGGCACCUACCCAUCGACAAUGAUGAGCUCAGAUCCCGAGCUAUGAACAUUGAGAAGGAGCUCUUUGGAAACUCUCUUGAGAGAAUGAGCCAGGAGGAAAGAGAUUACGUUGAAGAAGAUGCGAAAAAACAAGUAUUUGAGCGCCUGAAGAAGCGAGUGAGAUUGUGGAAGCCUAUGAGGUAUGAUGAUUUCGGAGCUCGUGGCUACCUUGUCGGGAAACUAGCCGGCGACUAUGCAAUUCAACAUUUAAAUCCUGCUUUCUCCCCUAAUUCUAUCAUGGACUUUGGGUCAGGUCUUGCUUCAUGUUUCUGGGCUGCAAAGAGUAUAUGGCCAAAAUACUUCCAAGAGUACUUUAGUGUUGACAUCUCAAAUGAAAUGCAUAAUCUGGCAAGGCUUUUGGCAGCAGGAGGAAAUACCAAUGCACAGGUGAAGUUCCGCUCGUUUUUUCAACGGGAAUUUCUUCCAUCUACAGAUAAGAUUACCUUUGACCUUGUGGUCAGUGCAUUCACACUCAUGGAGCUGCCAAACGCGAUGCAAAGGUUGGAAACUGUGGCCAGCCUGUGGGGCAAGACCAGUGGCCUGUUGGUUCUCAUUGAAAACGGCACACAGGCCGGACAUAAGGCCAUUGCCGAAGCUCGUGACUUCAUACUAAUGAUCAGCAAAGAUGGUGGUCAAGAACCUGCCCAUGUUUUGGCUCCUUGUCCUCAUGACCUCGAUUGCCCAAGGGAGACACAGGCUCUCGGAAUUCCCUGCACGUUCCAAGCACGCUACGAGGAGCCUUUCCUUACAGCCAGCAGGCACCCGGCUAUUUCAAGGUACUCUUACGUGGUACUGCAGAGGCCUGGAGAAAUUGCCAAGGAGAGAGAGUGGGCUCGUGUGAUCCGGCCAGUUCUGCGUCGUAGCCGGCACGUGGUCUGCCGGUUCUGCUGCAAGGAUGCACAAUUGAGAGAAUUUGUGUUCAGCAAAAAAAGGCACGGCAGGCACGUCUACCGAUUGGCCCGCUCUAGUGAGUGGGGAGACCAACUGCCGCUGGACAUGCUGCCACCUGACGAAGAAGGAACACCACUGUGCGAUGGCUGUGCUGAAGAUGUCGGCAUUGACACAGUUGACGAUGUAUAUAGCAAAUAAACAGUACAAGUAACAUUGUUAA